AUGCAAAACAAAGAUAAUGCUCGUUUUCUCUUUUCUUCAUUCUUAGAUGAAAUCGUUCAAGGAGCAUUAGCCGACGAUUGUUAUCAAAAACUGUAUCCGGGAAUAGCAUCGGAAGUAUUAUUGGAAAAUUUAAUCAAAUUUGUGCACAAUAUCAAUAAUAGACCAACAGAGGACGGUAUUGAUCAUGGAAAAUUAUACAAAAAAGCUAAUGGACGACAAAUCGACUCAUCGCGUCGAUAUUAUCUUGUGAAGGAACCAAAUUUAGAUGAAUUCAAUUUGUAUGCGAAGAUUACUAAAGGAAGAAAUUUAGAACUGAAAGAAGAUACAUCUGAUUUACAACUUCAUCUUUUCGUUUUAGGUUAUUAUCGUGUCUUUACAAACGAAUGUGAAGUUAAAUUGUUGAUUGAGUAUGGUUUAAAUUAUUUGAAACAACACGGAACGUUACCCAUCGUUGCCGAUUAUGUUAAGUUUGUACAAGAUUCCAAAUAUCUGAUUUCUCGUGAAAGAUGUGAAUUUAUAUCUCGCAUAUUAAAUAAUAAUGUUGCAGUAACCAGAAAUAGCUCUAAAGUUGAUUACGAUGUUACGAAGUUAGGAACGCGACAGCAACAAACACAAAAACGUCCAACAGCACUUGCAGCAACAACCACAGUGUCUUCGUCCACGUUGCCAUCAACUGAUCCAUCACUUACACCAAAACAAGUUUUGUUGUCAACAACGACGUCGUUAUCACCAAUUGCUGACAAGAGUACCUCUCGCUCACGUUCAUCCUCUGCUGAACGCUGCCCAUCUCCACUACCGAAGAAACAGACAUAUCGUAAAUUGAUGAAAAAGCACGAGCAACUACUGUCGUCGAAAACUCCGAUCAAAAAAGCUGCUCCGCCAUCUUCCUUAUAUUCAACUCCAAUAGCGAAACGUCUAAGAACUAUGACGAAUGGUACUACUACUAUUUCGUUAUCAUCUUCCACAUUAUCAUCCCAGCCUGUUCUCACUGCUACACAGUCAAAGAAAAAACAAGCAGUUAGUGUCAAAAAACGUAACCAUUUAUCGAAAGAUGAAGAGGAUGAUAAUGGUAAACCUGUCUUACGCAUGUAAGUGUUUUGCUCUUUUUCAACGAUGAGAACACUAAUAUUUGUUGUCUUUUUUCCGUUUGCAGUUCCACUACGUCAACCAAUGCAAAAGCAGUCAAAGUUACAAACGGUAGUGCGAGAAACAAACGUAUGAAAAAAUAAAUAUACUGAAAAUUUUGAUCUGUGCAUUUCAUUCUUCUUAUUAUAAUAUUAAAUUGUGUAUCUACUCAAAUCUAAAUGUAAAAGUGAAUAAAGACUGCUUGUUUUUUUCCUUUUUCAACUAGAAUUGGAAUAGUAAAAGUAAGCAGUCUCGAUUGGUUGUAUUCUUUAAGAUGCUCCUAAUCAAUCAGCUUAGAAGACAAGCAUGUCACUUCAGAAUAUUACAAGGAGUAUAUCUCAAGAUAGAUAGUUACGAAUAUCCUGCUCUUUUCUUUACGGAUAUCCUGUCAUUUUCAUUCCGAAGAUCUGGUAGUCUUUAUUACGAUCACCCUGUCUUUAUCAUUACGAACUUCCGGAUCUUUUUCUUCCGAUCUCCAGUAAAAAUUCCACUGUUCAACUACUAAAAAUAGGUUGUUAGAUUUCGUUACGGAUUCCUGGACAAACUUCAUUCCGAACAUCCUGUUUUUUGUUGCUUUUUAUUGAUUUUGUCAUCGACAAUUCCAUUCCGAACACCGUGUCUUUUUUCUCAUGUCCGGAGAUCGUAACGGACUAUGACAACCGGAGUUCGUAACGGAAAAGUGAGACGAAACGCCACUUUCCCAUAAUUUUCUAUCUUUUCCUUCAUGAUAUUCAAAAACUAUUCAAGUGCAAGACGUAUCAGAUGUGAGCGUAGUUGUGUGUAGAGUAGGUUGACAUAAUAGUAUUUCACAUCCGUAUUCUUAUUCGGUUGAAGAAAUUAUCUUUCUGCUUAUCUAAAUUUUUACAUCUUGAGCAUUUAUCAUCUUUGAAAAAUCUUAACUUAUCGAUAAAUAUUUUAUCUUGGAUUUUCUUCGAUAUAAUUUACAACAAUUAGCUGAUUACUAUGACAAUUGUAUGUUAAAUCUAAUGGUAUGAAUAUCUCUAUUUUAACUACCAUAAAAAUAAAUUGAUGCAGUAGCCUUAUUCAACGAUAUAGGAAUUAAAAUCUUCAAAACUUUUUUUCGAAAUAAAUAUUUUUCAGUUGUAAGAAACACGAUUAUUGUCCAAUGAAAAAAAUCAUUGUAAUAGAAUUUGCUUCUAUUCCUAAUAUAUUAAAAUGUUUGAUGGCAAAUACUUUUAUUUGAAGAACAAAGUAUACAAUGAGUUGAUGAGUCUGACAAUGAUUGUUCGAAAUGAUGUCUGUCGAAAUGAAUAAAAGGAAUAAAUUCAUUAUUAGUGAUAGUAAUCGUGACGUUUGACACGUUUGUGACUAAUUGACUGGUUCAAUGGCUUAUUCAUACUUUUUCCAAGCCAUAAGUGUACUACAUUCACCAUGCUCUUAUAGGGACAAUUGAAACCUCCCUCCGACUCUGACUCACAUAUAAAAUCUCUUUCCAUGCGCGAGAGCCAUCGCUCGAUCAUAUUUGCAAAAUCCUCAAUGUCAUAGGCGAGUCGAAAAGUAAUACUCGAUAAGUGUUGGGCUCACUCCAAUAUCAAUAUGGCAUCGUCUACAUUAGUGAUUUCAGUAUCAAAAUAUUUGAUAUGACGAGGCAAGUCCAAGCAAAUUGCAUUGAAAGUUAUCAAUUUCAUUCUUUCAGAACUAUUACCAAUUAUUUCAAUUGAACGAAGAUUCCAUGCUCGUUUAAAUAGGGUAUUCAUUUCGACAUCCAGACUCGUAUUGAGCUUACACUCGUCUUGGAAAUCCAAUGAUACUGUUUGAAGAUUCGAUAGAUUGAGAAUCAUUGACAAACGUUCCAUAGAGCCAAUAGGCUAUUCUCGAUCAAUCUGUAAUAUUAGUUUUCUCACAUUUUGAAAUAGAAAAUACAUUUUAAAAUUUGUCUAAAAGGAAAAAAUAUAGAAACUUGAAAGAAACUGAAAUACAAAAAAUAAUAAUACGUAUCAUUAAAACAGAGCAGUUCUUUUUGUGUACUCAAAAAGUGAGUACACUCUAGAAUCGGUCCGUAUGGCCGUCCGGUCAUCCGGCCGUAUACACGAUAACUUUCGAAAGAAGAGUCAGAUCAUGAUGAAAUUUUCUACACAGUUUAGUCUUAACAAUAUCUCGGUCGAGUUCGAAGAUGAACAUGAUCGGCCGAGCCAUUCGUGAGUUAUUGCAAAAAAUAGUCAUUUUUCCCUAUGGCUUCCUAUGCGAAAAUCGACCCAUCCCAGCUUUCGUAAAAGACUUUUCCCAUCAUAGUCAAAUAAAACCCCAACCAUUAUAUACCGUUCGAUAGAAAAUUUCACGAGC